AGUUCCACCAGUUGAACUUUGAAGUUGAAACAGGUGAAGCAUAUUCUAGAAAUGUCAUUUUCUAAUAUUUCAGACAUUAGAAGUUAAAACCCAUGAACAAUGUGAAUUACAGAUACAUAUGGACAGAAAUUAAAGUGAAUUUUACAUUAAAUAUUGAAUGAAUUAGAGUGUUAGAAGUAUAUUUACAAAGUUAAAAAACCUGUAAUAAUGUCAGAAUAAAUGAUUUUGACGAAACUUUGAGUUACGAAACAAGAUGUCGAGUAUAUCCAAUGAUAUAGAUUCUCAUAUCAGUAAAAAAUACGAGAUCAGAAGAAGAUUAGGAAAGGGAGCUUAUGGCGUCGUAUGGAAAGGCAUCGAUAGAAAAUAUGGAAGCACGGUAGCUGUCAAGAAAAUUUUUGACGCAUUUCGAAAUCGAACAGAUGCGCAGAGAACAUUUCGAGAAAUCGUUUUCCUGAAAGAGUUCGGCUCCCACCCGAACAUUAUUCGAUUGCUGAAUGUUCAUCGAGCUUCGAACGACAAGGACCUGUACCUUGUAUUUGAGUUUAUGGAAACUGAUUUGCAUCAUGUUAUCAAGAAGGGAAAUAUCCUCAAGGAAAUACACAGACAGUACAUUAUGUACCAGCUUUUUAAGGCAACAAAGUUCCUACACUCUGGCAAUGUGAUACAUAGAGACCAGAAACCCAGCAAUAUAUUGCUUGACUCUCAGUGCAAUUGUAAACUCGCAGAUUUUGGACUUGCUCGGUCCCUUUCAGUCAAAGAGAGUCCUGAGGUUGGUGGAGAAGGGGAUGCUUGUCUGACUGAUUAUGUUGCUACAAGAUGGUAUAGAGCUCCUGAGAUACUCCUCGCUAGUAAGAAGUAUACGGCAGGGGUGGAUAUGUGGAGUCUAGGCUGUAUUCUAGCAGAGAUGUGCUUAGGAAAGCCCUUGUUUCCUGGAAGCUCAACAAUAAAUCAAAUAGAAAAGAUAGUUACUAGCAUCACACUACCCUCAACAGAUGAUAUUAAGGAUAUUAGUUCUGAGUAUGCUGUGAGUAUCCUGGACCGGGCAGCUACGAUGAAAAGACGACCUCUUGUUGACCUGCUCAGCGAGUCUAGCAAAGACGCUGUUCAUCUGAUAGAAACCCUUCUUAAGUUUAAUCCUAACCAGAGGUUGACCGCACAUGCCUCCCUCAGACAUCCAUAUGUCGCCAGAUUUCAUAAUUCAGCUCAGGAGCCUGAGAUGAAGAGAGACGUGAUUCCCCCGUUGAACGAUUGUGUUCAACUAUCUGUAGAUCAGUACAGGGGGAAACUUUAUGAUAUUAUCAAACAAGAAAAGUUUUUCAGGAGGAAAGAUGAGGAGAAGAGGGAGGAGCGGCGUGCCUCCAGCCAUGAGUUGAGGGAGGGAAGGCGAGGCAGUGUUGAAACCGUGAGGAAGGUUCAAAGUGAGGUAAAUGUACGCGGAGAGAAGCUUCUACCUGGAAGACGACUAGCCACAGCUCAACCCAGACAACAAUCUCCAUUGGAUCGAGUUGAGAGCAAGACGAGCUUAAAGGAAACCCUGAAGCAAAGCAUGACAACUGGAUACUGCUACAGAACUACUAACUUUCUCAAAACUAAAUUGUAAACAAACAUAUUGUUUCUAGAACAAUCUAAUGAUGGACCAUAUAAUUUCCUUGCUCAAUCCCUUAUAUCCUUCAUACGUUUACUUCUGUCUACCAAUAUAUUUAUAUUUCACUUCAUUUUUUAAUUUAUCUAAAACAACUCCCAGCUAGCUAAAAACUGACCAAAGAACCAAAUGAGAAAUAUUUUCAAAAAAUCAAAUUUAAAAUCAAAGAAAACUGUUUAAUGUAUACAUGGAGUAAUAAUAAUCAAACGUGUUUAAAUACAGGGUUACCCACAAAUGAUGAAUCUUCAGAGAUGACUGUGCGGAAUUUGUACUGUCUGUUUCCUUAUAUUUAUGAUUCCUACAACUAUAAACUUGUUUCGUUCUUUACCAUAUUAUUUAUAAGUCAUAUAUAUUUAUUCAAAGCAGAAGAUCAAUUCAAUGUCUAAGGAUUGUCCUAUAUUAAGAGUUUCAGAUGGUCUUUACAGUCUCAUCCUUAGUCGGUAACCCUGUAUGUCAUGCAGGUGUUUCUACGCAUAUUUAGAUAUUGAUAUCAUCAUCAUCUUCAACUUGGCGUUUAUUAAAUGCAGUAAGGAUAUUAAGAUUGCUGUAAAAAAAGUUAUACUGAUAUUGAUCUUUAAAAACAUGUUGAGACAACUGAAAUACUGGUCUUUAUGAUAACUUUGACUAGUUCCCCAAAAACGUAGAAUAUUUAAAAUUAUCGAUAUCGUUUAUUUCUUGAAACAUUUAUAUGUUUUCUUUGUUGGUAAAAUGAUCUACGAAGGGUCCUUGCGAAGGACAUUUGAGUAGAUUUUGAUAUUUCUUUGUCUUUCUACGCGCGGUUACAAACAUUUCUGAUAUCUGAUAUGCGCUCAAUGGAUGAAAAAAAAUCUUUGUAUCGUCAAAAAUUGAAAAUGAUUUUUUGUAAGUAAACGUUAAAACAUAUCAUGUAAUUUUGACCAAGAAUGCAGAACAUGCUGAAAAUACAAAAAUAAGAACAAUUGUAGAUUUAAAUUUUCAAACCUUGAUCAGAGUUAGUUUUCAGAACAGAAACGUAAAAGUGAUUAACUUGAAGUUAAAUUGAAAUGAGAUUAAAUUCUUCUUAGCACAAAAAAUAGUAAAAUUUUGUGAUGUAAUAACUUAGACUCGAAAAAAGAUUAACUAAUUACAACAAGAUUGUAUGAUUGUAAAAUAUAUAAUUCGUCAUAGAAAUAAAAAAGUACUUGAUUUUUUU